UGCACUCCAUUACGUUACGUUAAGUAACAUUUUGUUGCCAGUCGUCAAGUCACGUAAAUCGGAGUAUAUGGAAACCAUCUGGAGUGUACACGACGAUUUAGGGAAACAUAUCUUUAGGGAGAAUCGAUUGCUCUUAGGUCCAAAUCAAGAUGUUCUACACAUGUGGACCCAAUGAAGCCAUGGUGGUGUCUGGCUUUGGUCGUUCCCCUCCUCUAAUGAUCGCUGGAGGAAGAGUGUUUGUCCUCCCCUAUAUUCAACAGAUCCAGAGGAUCACUCUGAACACCCUGACUCUGAAUGUGAAGAGUGAUAAGGUGUACACCCGUCAUGGAGUGCCCAUCUCUGUCACUGGCAUCGCCCAAGUGAAGAUCCAGGGUCAGAACAAGGAGAUGCUGGCCACGGCCUGUCAGAUGUUCAUGGGGAAGUCUGAGGCUGAGGUCUCCAACAUCGCCCUGGAAACACUGGAGGGGCACCAGAGGGCCAUCAUCGCCCAUCUGACUGUUGAGGAGAUCUACCAGGACCGUAAGAAGUUUUCUGAGCAGGUGUUCAAGGUGGCCUCCUCUGACCUGGUCAACAUGGGCAUCGGCGUGGUCAGCUACACGCUCAAAGACGUUCACGACGACCAGGACUACCUCACCUCUCUGGGUAAAGCUAGGACAGCUCAGGUGCAGAAGGAUGCCAGGAUCGGAGAGGCUCAGUACAAACGAGACGCGGUGAUCCGUGAGGCCCAGGCCAUGCAGGAGAAGGUGUCGGCCCAGUAUCUGAAUGAGAUCGAGAUGGCCAAAGCCCAGAGAGACUACGAGCUGAAGAAGGCCUCCUACGACUACGAGGUCAACACCAAGAAGGCAGAGUCUGAGAUGGCCUAUCAGCUGCAGGUGGCGAAGACGAAGCAGCGGAUUGAGGAGGAGACGAUGCAGGUGAAGGUGGUGGAGAGGUCUCAGCAGAUCAUGCUGCAGGAGCAGGAGAUCACCCGCAAGGAGAUGGAGCUGGAGGCCACGGUGAAGAAGCCUGCUGAGGCAGAGAGAUACCGUCUGGAGAGACUGGCUGAGGCAGAACGGGCACAGCUCAUCAUGGAGGCUGAGGCAGAGGCAGAGGCCAUCAGAAUGAGGGGCGAUGCUGAGGCGUUUGCUCUGGAGGCUAAAGGUCGUGCCGAGGCAGAGCAGAUGGCUAAGAAGGCUGAGGCCUUUAAACAGUACGGGGAGGGGGCCAUGGUGGACAUGCUGCUGGAGAAACUACCACUGAUAGCAGAGGAGAUCAGCAGACCCCUCUCCAUGGCCCAGAAGGUUACCAUGGUUUCCAGCGGCGGGGGUGAGGUGGGCGCUGCCAAACUGACCGGAGAGGUUCUGGACAUCAUGACCAGACUACCAGCUGCUGUGGAGAAACUCACUGGAAUCAACAUCUCACAGGUUGGGCUGUCCACCCGAAUGGGCUGAGAAUGGAGCCUAGUUAUUGAGACAGUCUGCACCGUCAGACCAGGAACUCCAUACUGCCUCCUUGUGCCUAUAAUUAUUAUUAUUACCUAGUGUAGUCUGUCUGCAUGUCUGUCUGCAUGCCUGUCUCCUUAGGGCAUGUCUGUCUGCAUGCCUGUCUCCUUAGGGCAUGUCUGUCUGCAUGCCUGUCUCCUUAGGGCAUGUCUGUCUGCAUGCCUGUCUCCUUAGGGCAUGUCUGUCUGCAUGCCUGUCUCCUUAGGGCAUGUCUGUCUGCAUGCCUGUCUCCUUAGGGCAUGUCUGUCUGCAUGCCUGUCUCCUUAGGGCAUGUCUGUCUCCUUAGGGCAUGCCUGUCUCCUUAGGGCAUGUCUGUCUCCUUAGGGCAUGUCUGUCUCCUUAGGGCAUGUCUGUCUCCUUAGGGCAUGUCUGUCUCCUUAGGGCAUGUCUCAACACUCUUAAUCGACCUCCCCUCUUGCUUCCUGGUCCUUUUUGGCACUGAUCUGAAAACAGAGGAUGGUUCCAAGCUGUAUGUUGUAAGCCUACUGGGGGAGUGUGUCUCCUGGUCAUUCAUAACUGUUAGUUCAGCUUGGAUGAAGCAAAGAAAAGCACUUUGGACUAGCAUGACACAGCCUUCGUCGUUCUGGUAGUAACCCCGCCUCCUCCACCAUUCUGUACUCUUUCCUCUGUCCGCUAUUCAGUCUGUUUUAAUCACUGCUUCAAGCCUGCCUCUGUCUCCCUCUAUUACAGGUUUGGGUCCAUAUAAACUUUUCAACUGUCAUAGUUGUAAUUCAUAGAAUGUUAUUUCAUUGGGAUGUGGUUGAGUUUGAGAAAUGAUGUAGGAAAUAAUCGUGUCAGUAUGAGGUCAUCCAUGUCAUUGUUGGGUUUGUCAGCUGAUUGUUUUGUCAACAUUUGCAGUUCUAGAAGGUUCUCAGCAUCGGAAGCUUGCUUAGUUGCUAUCAAUUGCUUUGCAAAUGAAGAAAUGCAAUUUACUUUCACUGGGAAGAAAUGAAGAUAUGUCCACAAUCAGAAUUUAGAUAAUGGUAGUCAUGUUAUUUAUACAUAACUUCUGCAUGCCUUACAGCAUUCCAGUACCUCUGUCUACCACCUUAUGGACAAAGUAGUUUUCCACUAUGUGCUCCCCUGACAGUAGACCCUAGAUCAGUCUAUCUACUCAUAUCUCUAAGAUGACACUCUAGAAUGGCCAUUGCCUUGUUUUAGAGUCUAAUUAAUCAUAUCAGUACAAGCCAUAUUACAAUAGAAGCCAAGUUACAUGCAGAUUAUGCUGUUUUUUUUAAGUCUGUUUUACGAUUUGUGGGCUUUUUGCCAUGACUCUAAACCUCUUCUGUGUUGGUACAAUACUGGCAUGGACACAAUCAGUGGAGUACCGACUCUGAUGGUAUCUAAUUACCAAAGCAAUAAACAAGGAACUACAGAUUCUGUUACUAUACUGUUGUUUAUCCAACAGACAGAUUGUCAUGUACACCAUUAUGGCUUAGUUCCAGUGUGUUUCUAAACCCUAGACUUAUUAGACAGACAGGCCUUCGAUCAGAGCUUCUACUGUGCUAUAACUGUAUAAAGGUGGAGAUUUUCUGUGAAGUGAUUGGAAGGAAGCGGGAGGGAGCAGACUGGGGUUUUCCUGCUGAAGGCUAACCUCAGAGGUCUCUGUCAGUCAUGUGGUGUCUGGAUGUGUUGUUUGAGGUGAAGGUAUGUGUGUAGAAGAGGGGAAUGGGUGCCAGUCUGUUUCUGCUCUCUUUUCAAAUCCUUAUAGAAUUGCCAUGCCAAACAUGUUUCCCUUGACAAUGGAACAGGCAAAAACACAAACAGACCUGGGACCAGGCUACAGACACUAAAGUAGUGGACUUCCAUUAAGUUGUAUGGUCCAAUUGGGUAUACAGGGACCUUCUAUAGAUUGGAGUAGACAAUAUACAUUUUUAAUUAGGAGCUAUCCUUUCAUAUUGUAAUAUCAUUAGAAUGGUGUAUUUUUGUUGUGCUGGUCACAUCCCUGUUUGAUCCUUUUGUAGUACAGGGUUGUUGUAGUUGUUAGGGACUUGUUCUAUACCAUAGAAAUAUAAUCCUUCUAAUUCUAUACCGCUGCUCAGGAUUCUAGAAGCUACUUCUCUCUACCGGAUUGAAUACUACCCCAAAGCUUACAUGCGAUCUGGCUGUCUAUGCAUUUUGUUACCAAGUGCCUGACUAAGUUGAAAGAUUCCCAUUUUUCUCUCAACCUCAAGGCUAAACUAUCACACCAGGUUAAACAUGAACAAUCUAGAGGCAUGCCUCUAUGUCCUAAAGAUAUUAAUGAAAGCCAAUUUCGUCAAACCAAUUCUACUGCUUUCACUUAUGUACACACCUGUAUAUUACAUCAGUCAAUGAUUUGUGACUAACCUUUUUCUGUACUGUAGCUGCACUUAGUUAAAUGUGAUUUCUGUGUUUAUUUCCAUCUAUACUUUGUUGACUUGCCAAAAUAAUCCUGGCCUCAUGUGUAGUGUAAAUUUAGUAUGCAAGUGCACUAAGUUAUGAAUAUUAUAAAUAUUUGGAAUGAAAUUAUUGUAACAACAAACACAAACUCUGAUUUCCUAACGUAAACCCUUUGUUGUUGUGUGUGUGUGUUAAUGACAAGUAGAACAUUCUUCCUUGCUUUAUUUGGAAAGAUUAACUUUAUUAAAACUACAAAAAUAGA